ACCUUACACCUUACACCUUACACCUUACACCUUACACCUUACAUCUUUUGUAAUUCGAGAUACGAGGCUCGUGUAGAUCUAUCGCGCGCGCAACAUGACACAAAGAACGAUCCUACAAUAGCCUGCCUCGAGAAAAAUCGCGUUACACGAUUUCAUAUGUACCUUCCGCGAUAUCGUAUUUAUCGAGUGCACCUGUCAUUGCGAUUUAAUCGCAUUAUCCGCCGUAGCUGGAUAGUGCGAUUCGCUCGAGAUAAGGUCGACAACGUCCUCGAUAAACCUCAGUGCGUUACCAAUAACUAGCGACAACCAACGGGUCAAUUAGUCGAAGACGAACGAGUCGUUUCCGAUCCGUGUUCGCGAGAACCUGCCGCCGCGAUAUUUUUCGGGAGAGGACAUCAUCUCGAGCAACCGUACCUCGGAGAUGCUUUCCCUGUGUUGCCGGAGGACGUCCGAGAUGACGACAGAUACGUUCAGUGGCCAAGAACGCGUCGACGACGAUUACUACGGAGAACUCGCGACUGCGAGGAAGCGCGGAGUGAUCGGGGACCUGGAGUCCGGGAAUGCUCGAAUCGUUGUCUACGAGAAGAGCGAAAAGACCAAGGAGCUGAUCAAGGAUGCGAUACUGAAGAACAAAUUCCUGCAAGACCUCGACGAAAAGCGGAUCGGCGAUCUGAUCUCGACGAUGCGCCCUAAGACCGUGGAGGCCAACAGCAGGAUCAUUCACGAAGGAGAAAUCGGCACGCAUCUCUACGUCUCCGAGGAGGGCACCUUCGAAAUCUGCAUCGGCAACGUCUCCCAUGGGGCCUUCGGACCCGGCGUUGCUUUCGGGGAGCUGGCGCUGUUGUACGACACCAAGAGAUUGUGCUCCAUCGACGCGAACACGAAUGGCAAGGUGUGGAUACUGGAUAGAAGCGUGUUCCAUUCGAUAAUGGCGAUCGGCAACGAAAAGGAGAUGGAACACAGCAUGCAGCUGCUUCGGAAAAUUCCAAUCUUCAACGACAUACCGGACGAAGCGCUUGUGAAGAUCACUGANCACCUUACACCUUACACCUUGCACCUUACACCUUACACCUUACACCUUACACCUUACACCUUACACCUUACAUCUUUUGUAAUUCGAGAUACGAGGCUCGUGUAG